UUACUCUCAAAAUGUCAAAAACAACACUUAUGAAAACCUCUUCAAACCCAUUCACAAAACACCCACUUCUCCAAAUCUUAAAAACAAAGUGCAAAACCUUAAAAACAUUCAAACAAACACACGCACAACUCAUCACAACUGGUCUUAUUCUUCACACUUACCCACUCACUCAACUCCUCUCAACACUCUUAUCCUCCACCCUAACCACCUCCUUAUCCUACGCGCUGACCAUCUUUAACCAAUCUUCAAACCCCCCAACUAUAUUCAUUUUCAACACCCUUAUUUCAUCAAUCCUAACCCAUCAUAACCAACACACCCACUUGGCAUUUUCACUCUACAACCAAAUUCUUAGUUUAAAAAACAUUAAACCAAAUUCUUAUACAUACCCGUCUCUUUUUAAAGCUUGUGGGUCAAACCCCAUUUGGGUCAAACAUGGUCAAGCAUUGCAUACUCAUGUGUUGAAGUUUCUUGAUCCUAUUGAGCAUGAUCAUUUUGUUAUAGCGUCAUUGGUUAGUUUUUAUUCGAAAUGUGGGAAAUUUAGAGUUUGUAAGUAUUUGUUUGAUCGAAUUAGUCGACCUGAUUUAGGUUUGUGGAAUUGUAUGCUAACUGCUUAUAAUCUUAAUUGCAAGGAUAGUAGUCUGUCAAUGUCCGUUUUGUGUUUGUUUGGUGAUAUGCAAAAGAGUUUGAUAAUUAAGCCAAAUGAAGUUAGUUUGGUGGCUUUGAUUAAUGCUUGUGCUGAUUUGGGUGCUUUUAGUCAAGGGAUUUGGGCGCAUACUUAUGCGGUUAAGAAUAAUUUGAAGCUUAAUCUGUUUGUCGUGACGUCUUUAAUUGAUCUUUAUGUGAAUUGUGGGUUCUUGGGGUUUGCACGCCAAGUGUUUGAUGAAUUGCCGGAGAAAGAUGUGUUUUGUUAUAAUGCGAUGAUCAGAGGAUUUGCUACUCAUGGGUAUGGACUUGAAGGGAUUGAUCUGUUUAAGAGUAUGAUAUCAGAGGGGUUAUCUCCUGAUGAUGUUACAAUGGUGUUGAUUAUAUCUGCUUGCUCACAUGUCGGGCUUGUGGAUGAAGGUCGCGAGUUCUUUUAUACAAUGAGGGAGAAAUAUGGGGUUGAACCAAAACUUGAGCAUUAUGGGUGCUUGGUGGACCUUUUGGGUCGAGCUGGGAGGCUCAAUGAAGCCAUGGAAAUACUUCACACGAUGCCUAUGAAGCCUAACGCGAUUAUCUGGAGAUCUUUACUUGGUGCAUCAAGAAAUCACGGAAAUUUACAGAUUGCUGAGGUAGCACUUGACAAUCUGGUCAAUUUAGAGCCUGAAACCAGUGGGAAUUAUGUGCUUUUAUCAAACAUAUAUGCACAUAUGAAUAAAUGGGAGGGUGUAAAAAGUGUAAGGAGACUAAUGAAAGAUCAUGGCAUAGAUAAAGUACCUGGAACGAGUGUUCUUGAGAUCGAUGGUGCUUUUCAUGAGUUUCUUACAGCCGAUAAAACACACCCACGAUCUCAAGAAAUUUAUCUCAAGAUUGAUGAGAUUAACAAAAAGCUACACGAGUAUGGGCAUAAGGCAAGGACCGUGGAGGUGUUGUUUGAUUUAGAAGAGGAAGAUAGAGAAGAUGCAUUAUCGUACCAUAGUGAGAGGCUCGCGAUUGCUUUUGCACUUAUCUCAUCCGAGUGUGGUUCACCAAUUCGAAUUAUAAAGAACCUGAGGGUGUGUGUCGAUUGUCAUAAUUAUACGAAGCUAGUUUCAAUAAUAUAUAAAAGAGAGAUCAUAGUCAGAGAUCGAAAUAGAUUUCAUCGGUUUCAAGAUGGGAGUUGUUCUUGUUUAGAUUAUUGGUAGGAAUUUGAAAUGCAAAUUAUUCAAG